AUGAGCAUUAACACAGGUGAAGUUGAAAGAUUCCUGGACACCCAUCCAGAUUUUGCUAGGGAGUAUUUUGAGAAGAAAAUGGGGAAUGGGACCCCGGUUGCCACGACAAAUAGCCACCAACGCUUGGAAGAGUUCACUGGGCUGCGCCAGGAGGAGGAGAGCGAAGCGUUUUUUGAGCUGAUCCAAGACAUGCAGGAGAGCAUCAACAUGGAGAAGGUCGUCUUCAAGACCCUACGGAGAAUCAGUGCCCUGAUCCAUGCCGACCGGUGCAGCCUCUUCAUGUUCAGGCAGCGAAAUGGCACCCCUGAGCUUGCAACCCGGCUGUUCAACAUUCAUAAGGAGAGCGCACUAGAAGAAUGCUUGGUAGCCCCUGACUGCGAAAUUGUCUUCCCUUUAGACAUUGGUGUCGUGGGGCACGUUGCGCAGACCAAGAAGACUGUGAACAUCCCAGAUGUUGGUGAGUGUGACCAUUUUAGUACUUUUGUUGAUGAACUCACUGACUACACCACAAGGAACAUCCUUGCAACCCCAAUCAUGAAUGGCAAAGAUGUGGUUGCUGUGAUCAUGGCAGUGAAUAAAGUCGGAGGUCCAUUCUUCAGCAGUGCAGAUGAAAGUAUUUUCCUGAAGUACCUCAAUUUUGCCUCUUUGAACCUGAAAAUUUAUCAUCUGAGCUACCUUCACAACUGUGAAACUCGAAGAGGUCAGGUUUUGCUGUGGUCAGCCAAUAAGGUAUUUGAGGAACUGACUGACAUUGAAAGGCAAUUCCACAAAUCAUUUUACACAGUGAGAGCAUAUUUGAAUUGUGACAGGUAUUCUGUAGGCCUUCUGGAUAUGAGCAAAGAAAAGGAAUUCUUUGAUUUAUGGCCAGUUCUAAUGGGUGAAAUUCCCUCUUACUCAGGACCUCGGACUCCAGAUGGCAGAGAGAUCAUCUUUUAUAAAGUCAUUGAUUAUAUCUUACAUGGAAAGGAGGAAAUCAAAGUCAUCCCAAAUCCUAAGCCAGAUCACUGGGCACUGCUUAGCGGCCUUCCAACAUAUGUUGCAGAAACUGGUUUCAUUUGCAACAUUAUGGAUGUAGCUUCGGAUGAGAUGUUUACGUUUCAGGAAAGUCCUGUUGAUGAGUCAGGGUGGAUCAUCAAAAACGUUCUCUCCAUGCCAAUAGUCAACAAGAAGGAAGAGAUUGUUGGUGUAGCCACCUUUUACAACAGAAAAGAUGGGAAGCCCUUUGAUGAACAGGAUGAAACAUUAAUGGAGUCCUUGACACAGUUCCUGGGCUGGUCUGUCCUCAAUACUGAUACCUACGAUAAGAUGAACAAGCUGGAGAAUCGAAAGGAUAUAGCACAGGACAUGGUGCUCUACCACGUGCAAUGCGACAAGAACGAAAUGCAAGCAAUACUGCCGACACGACAGAAACUUGGGAAAGAGGUCGCUGAGUGUGAUGAGGAAGAGCUGGCUGCAGUUCUAAAAGAACAACUUCCGGAUCCUGCACAAUUUGAGAUCUAUGCUUUCCACUUUUCUGAUUUGGAAUGGACUGAACUCGACCUUGUGAAAUGUGGCAUUCAGAUGUUUUAUGAACUUGGAGUGGUGAAAAAAUUCCAAAUUCCACAGGAGGUCCUGGUGAGGUUCAUAUAUUCCGUCAGCAAGGGUUACAGAAGGAUCACCUAUCACAACUGGCGCCAUGGCUUCAAUGUUGCACAAACCAUGUUCACACUUCUCAUGACAGGCAAUCUGAAGCAGUACUACACAGAUCUUGAAGCGCUUGCAAUGGUGACUGCGGCUUUGUGUCAUGAUAUUGACCAUCGAGGGACCAACAAUCUUUAUCAGAUGAAAUCGCAACACGCGUUAGCCAAACUUCAUGGUUCAUCCAUUCUAGAGAGACACCACUUGGAAUUUGGCAAGUUUCUACUCUCAGAAGAGUCUCUGAACAUUUACCAGAACCUUAACCGGAGGCAAUUUGAACACGUGAAUCACUUGAUGGAUAUUGCCAUUAUAGCUACGGACUUAGCAUUGUACUUCAAAAAGAGGACCAUGUUUCAGAAGAUUGUUGAUGAAUCCAAAACCUACAACAGUGAGAGAGAGUGGGUUGAAUAUUUGUCCUUGGAGACAACGAAAAAAGAGAUUAUCAUGGCUAUGAUGAUGACUGCCUGUGACUUAUCUGCUAUCACGAAACCCUGGGAAGUACAGAGUAAGGUGGCGCUGCUUGUAGCAGCUGAAUUCUGGGAACAAGGAGAUAUGGAAAGAAAUGUACUUCAGCAACAACCUAUUCCUAUGAUGGACAGAAGGAAAGCUGCUGAGCUUCCAAAACUUCAAGUUGGUUUCAUUGACUUUGUAUGCACCUUUGUUUAUAAGGAAUUUACACGGUUCCAUUCAGAAAUUCAGCCAAUGUAUGACAGACUACUGAACAACAGAAAAGAGUGGAAAGCCCUGGCAGAUGAGUAUGACGAGAAAAUGAAAGCUUUAGAGGAAAAACAAAAGAAAGAAGAAGAGAAAAUGGCUGCCAGUAGAGGUUAG